UUAUUUUGAAUUAAGAUGAAACACACAUAGAUCUUGAUUAGCACUUUAAUUAGAGCUAAGAUUGAUUUUAGAAUUAUUUUUCAGUUUUAAGAUUAAGAAUAUAGAAAAACAAAAAAUUAAUUAUAAGCUAUAAGAACACCUUUAUUUGAAAUAUUUCAGCUUGCGAUUUUUUCACUGUAAAUCAGAUAAAUCAUCUAAAUCAGAUAAAUUUCUGAUUCACGGCUUGAGCACUUGAAUAAUACUCAUACAUACAUGGCACAGUCAAGCUUUCGUCGUUAAUUGUCGAUAAAGCUCGAAAUCAAGAUCUACAUGUGUGUCAUAAAUUAUACGACACUCGGUCUCUCUAUCUGUAUAAAUAUUGACAUUCGCUAGUUUCAUUUCAACCGCUCCACCGAACACUUCGAAGAUAGAUUGAUUUUCAAAAGCUCAGUCAAUGCAAUAAAAUUAUAGGAACCAGCUUUACGUGUACCCUUAAAUAAAUACAUCUAAAUUGACGUUCUAUUAUUCUGAAAGAUAAUAAUUUCAAAGGUCGUCAAAAAAUCAACAUACAAUAUACAUAGCUCACACCAGAAUGUAUGUAACUACAAUAAUAAUUAAUGUUUGCUUAAUCGCAAUGGCCAUCGUAAUGACAACAUGCGAAAAUAUUCCAUUAAAGACAAAAAGAAUACGGCGUGACGAUCAAAAUAUUACUUCAAGCAUUAGCAAAUUUUUGGAGGAUGACAUUGGAUGGACGAAUAUCAAUGCCGAAGUCGAUGUGGUUACACCAAUGGUUUUAUUACAUCUUCAGAAACUGGGUAUAGAGCAUUUAGAGCUCCCAGACAUGAGGGAAAGCAUUUCCAUUAUGCCUUUUUUCAUAAAGUAUGAGGCUGGCCUGCAUUUAAGUAAUGGAAUUGUCUAUAAUCUAGCAGGCAUACAAAGGUAUAACAAUGCGUUUAUGACAUAUGAGGGCAAGUCGUUUUUAACUCGAUUUUAUUUAAAGAUUGAUAAACUUCAGUUUGAGUACAAUUUACAACUAAAGUUAAUGGCCAUUGAAGGGUACGGAAAAGUGAUAGGCUCAUUAGACGACACAAUCAUUUAUGCUGAGUUGGCUGUUAAUGUUAUCAAUUCGAAGCUUCAUCUUUAUGAUUUUCGAAUAAUAGAAUUCAGAUUGAUACGGGACUUAACUGGACUGAUUUUGAGCCCCAUUACAAAUCUUUUCAAAGAUCGAAUUACCACAUCGAUUGCUGAUGGCCUGAAGGAACAAAUGCAGGCAGUCAUGGAUGAUUUUAAUAACGAAGAUCCUUUGGAACUAAGAAAAUUUACUAAAAAAUUAUUGUCUGGUAUUGCAGGCGAUUCCGUAAAAAGUGGAUAAUAAUAGUAAUAAAAUAAUUUUCUUUAAACAAUUUA